AUGGGGCGAGACCGCGCGAUGAAGAUACGGAUGGCACAGGAGGCCAAAGCUGAUAACCCAUCCGAGGCAAAAGUUGGCAUCAAAACAUGGAUCGCAAUUUUUUCUAUGGCUUUGUCAUUCGGUCCAUGUGUUGGACUUGCGUUCCUUACCGUUGCCGCCGUCGUCGUGCAAAUUGCCACAGAGCUCGGCGGACAAGACCACGACGUUUUCGGCCGAAGAAUGUUGGUCAUUGGUGGCCAAGUCACAGUUGUCAUCGGCUCCAUCGCCGCGGUGGCCGCGCAGAAUAUCGGAACGCUGAUUGCCGCUGAGACACUCAUCGGCAUCGGAACUGGCUUCGUUUUCGUCUCCUACGCAGGUGUCCCGGAGAUGCUCCCAAACAAGUGGCGUUCUCUUGGUCUGGGUAUCUUGGAAUCUGGCAUCGCUGUUCCCUGGGGCAUCCUCUCCGUCCUAUUCGGCAAUGCGUUUUUCAAGUACGCUUCGUGGAGAUGGAUAUUCGGCCUAAGCAUCAUCAUCGAGGUCAUUUCCAUCGUCGGCACUUGGUUUUCUUACCACCCAACCCCGCGGCCCCGGGGCGACUUUGACAAGACUCGCAUGCAGCAACUCAGGGAUGUAGACUGGAUUGGUCUGUUCCUGUUCACGGCCGGUCUAGCCAUUGCCCUCAUCGGCCUGACAUGGGGUGGCACCCCAGCCUACCCUUGGAAUAGCGCCGGCGCCAUCGCACCCAUCGUCAUUGGCUUCGCGGUCCUGGCCAUCGGCUUUGCGUACGACUUCAAGGUUGCUGCUCAUCCGAUGUUCCCAUUGAAGCUUUUUGUCAUGUUCCAUCGCUACUCCGUCCUUCUUGUUGUCCUCUUCGUCUCGGGUAUGAACUUCAACUCCAUGUCAGCACUCCUACCCCAAGGGUUCCUGUAUAUGUUCACGACGGACGGCAUUGAGAUUGGUGCGCUCUCACUCCCCAACACCUUGAUGAUUGGAUUCACUGGUGUUCUCGCACCUCUCAUUGCCCACAAGGUUGGCUACAUCAAGUGGCAGCUUGUCAUCGGCAUGGCCUUCCAGGCAGUCUUCAUCGGCGCUAGUGCUGCGACUGUCUACCCUAACCACAAGUUUGCAUAUGCCUUUAUCCCUGCUUUUGGUGUACCCAUGUUCGUCUGUGUCACUAUCUUGUCUUAUGCUGUUGCCAGUCUUCACGUUCCGCACUCAAAUCUGGGAGUGGCGAUGGGCUUGUUGGGUACCUUCAGAUCAGGAGGCGGCGCCGUCGGCAACGCUAUCUUCAACACAAUCUUCCAAGAAAAGUUCCGCGAAUUCGCUGGCGAAGAAAUCACCAACGCAGCCAUCAGCAACGGUCUGAACCCUUCCGACCUUGGUAUCAUCAUUCCCGCGGCGAUCGAGUUCAACUUGGGCAACCCUCGGGCAUUGGUCAAUGUCCCGGGCAUCACUCCAGAGAUCCAAGAUGCUUUGAGAGAGGCCGUGCGAGAGGGAGCCGGCCACGCCUUGAAAAUCUUGUUUUACAUUACUAUCCCCUUCAGCGUCAUUGCCUUGAUCUGCUCUCUGUUUAUCGAAGACCCCACGGCGUAUAUGACGAACCAUAUUCAGUCUGCUAUGGGGCAAGAAAUGGCCCAGAAUCGUGGGAAGCGGGUUACCACUCCCGAAGAAGCCCAAGCAAUCGAGUUUGAAAACGUCAGAACGGUUAACUCGGAGCAGAUUUUGGUAAAGAACUGAAAGUGUCACGUCGAAUCAAGACGCUCAUGAUACGGGACAUUAGUCCUGUCUGCGAUCAAGGCUAAGAAAUGGGGAGACGUAAUGUUUAGAAUCAAGAUUUAGGAUGGUAUUUAUUUUACACGGAUGAGUCAAUACAGUGUACAUGCUUUGCACAUAAUAUUUCAACCGAACAGUUCAAGCCAUACCUCCUCGGCUAGUCGUUCUUCGCGUGGGUAAGUAUAGGUAGCUGGCAUGUGGAGGCAGUCUGAGUACAGACUGCCGAUUGUGGGGCCGUGGAAGCCGGCAGCUGGUCAGGAUACCGCUCCCACCCUUGGUUUCUCUCCGGACUCCAGGGUAGUUUCGUUCGCGUCCCACCCGCUUUUCAUGGCAUCUCACUUGAGGCAGCAGGAAUCAAUUUCAGAAAUCUAGUUGUUGGUUUGCGUGUACCACAGGUUAGUCACACAGGUAUUC